GGUAUGACUACGACGAACAGUUCGACCGCAAUGCCAGAGCCGCCACCCUACAACUGUAUCCAUGGGGCUCUUACUCCUUCCGUGUGAAAUCACGGAACAGUUUGGGAUCCAGCAAGCCUAGCCCAGCCACAUCCCGAACUUGCACAACACCCCCAGAUAGACCGGAUAGGAAUCCGAGCAAUGUGAGGACACGGACAGACAAGAAGAAGACGCUGAUUAUUGAGUGGACGCCAAUGAGCCGGUUGUACUUUCACGGCCCCAACUUCCGGUACCAAGUGAAAUGGCGUAGUAAAGGGACGUUUAUCUGGGGCUCGAUCCUGGUCACCGACCCUAACCAAGGUCACACAGAGGUGGAGACAAAUGACGUGUACACGGUGUAUGAACUUCAGCUUCGCUACUGGAAAGCGAGUGAGGAGUGGAAGAACAAGAAAAAAGAGGUAGAAAUUAUUCUCGGGGAAGACCUUCAGAGCCACGGGCCACAGAUCAAAGUGGCCCUCUCCGAUCUCCCCGCCUACACCACUUUGAGAGCCCAAGUCGCUGUUAUGAACAGCCACUACACUGGGCCCUUCAGUGAUGAGUUGGACUUCUUCACGCAAGAGGGCGUGUCCGGCGUACAGCUGGGACAGGCCAGACCCCUCCUGCCCCACAUCAACGACCCGUCCGUCCUGGGUGCCCGCAUCACGGGGCUCCGGCCAGGUCACAGGUACCGCUUCAUCGUCUGGGCCAGGACCAAGAAAGGCCGCGGGGAGUUCGCCUUUAUCGACGUCAUGACGGCCAAGGGACAGCCGCCCCACCCACCCCGGGUUCAGGUGUCAGAGCUGAGGAACUCCAGCGUGAACAUCACCUGGAUGUCAGACCAGGCCACCCGGGACAUGAAGUAUCAAGUGGAGUACCGACAGCCAGGUCGCGCUGACUGGCACAACACGGAGUACGUGUACGACAAGUCCUGGCUCAUGCUGGACAGAGCUGACGUGCCAGUGUCCGACCUGGAGAUCCGCCUGGUGGCCAGCAACAGGCUCGGGGACACGGCCACCAGCCGGACCAUCGCCGUGGCCAAGAUAGUGCAACAAGAGAGUUCCCAUAAACAAAAACGCACGCCCAACACGAACAAAGGGUCAAGCGCCACCUCAUGGCACUGGUCAACCUCGCUCAUUUCACCUGGCCUGGGAGUAGCCACCUCGCUUUUGCUGACCAAUCUCGUCUUCCGCCGAUGACAUUACUUUGCUAUAUUGUCCGAGUGUCAACAGCAACUGUGAACAUGUUUUUCUAGUUAAAAGAGAAAAAAAGAAUAUAAGUAUAUUUUAUGAGCAACAAUUCUUUUUUCACAUUGGUAGUAUUCUGAACUGACUCACGCCCUGAAUAUAUCAUUUUAUGCUAUUAAAUUAUGCUUUAAUGCUUUCAUGUUAUCGCAAAUGUUAUCAUUAUCAUUAUCAUCUUCUUCAUCAUUGCAACUGCUAUCUUCAAUGCGGUUAAUAUCAAUAUUACCAUCAUCGUACAUGUCAGCGGUAUUAUCAUUAUCCUAUUGCUGAUGGCUCUCAAUCUUCUUCGUUUGGGUGAAGGCAGUCACCACCAACACCAGCUUUAUCCUCAUGGCCGUCGUUGCUGCCCUUGUUGUUUUAGCUUGCCGCACCAUCACAAUAUUAUACUACGUUUACCAUUGCUAAAACAACUGUCUUUCUCAUCUGCUGGGCGUUUUAUUCUUGCUGACAUAUUGUUAUGAUCAUGGUAAAAACUUCAAUGUCAUGCUUACUGCAAAGGA